AUGGAUUUGAUAUGUUCGUUUACAAAACAAAGACAAUCCCUUCUUCCUCGGAUGUUGAGAAAAACUCUAACUUCAAUCUCACAAAGACCAUUCUCUUCUUCUACUUCCUCUGCGAUUUCCCCAAAACCAAUCACUCCAUCGCCUCCUAAAACCCUCAAAACCCUAACCCAACUCCAAAAAUCCUCCUUUGAAUCUACUCUUCGCCAUUCCUUAACUGCCCACGACACUGAUCAAGCAUGGAAAGUCUUCCGAUCCUUCGCCGCCGCUUCUUCUCUCCCCGACAAGCCUCUCCUCAACUCCCUCAUAACCCAUUUGUCCUCCUUCCACGCCGGAGACUCUUCCCUCAGACACAGGCUCAAGCGAGCUUUUGUCUCCGCUGCUUACGUCAUCGAGAAAGAUCCGAUUUUGCUCGAAUUCGAAACUCUAAUUACGCUUAUGGAGUCCAUGAGACUGGCCAAAGCUGCAGCGCCUGCGUUGGCUUUGGUGAAGUGUAUGUUUAAAAACAGGUACUUUGUUCCUUUCGAUCUCUGGGGGCAUUUGAUUGUCGAUAUGUGUCGGGAAAACGGCGGAUUAGCUGCGUUUUUUAAGGUGUUUAGGGAAAGUUGUAGAGUUGCAAUCGAUGAGAAGCUUGAGUUCAUGAAACCGGAUUUGGUUGCGAGUAAUGCGGCUCUUGAAGCGUGUUGUAGGCAGAUGGAAUCGAUCGCUGAUGCUGAAAAUGUGAUUGAAUCUAUGGCUGUUUUGGGUGUGAAGCCUGACGAAUCGAGCUUUGGGUUUCUUGCUUAUUUGUAUGCAAGGAAAGGGCUUAGAGAGAAGGUCAGUGAGCUUGAGGAUUCGAUGGAUGGUUUUGGGUUUGCAAGUAGAAGAAUCGUUUAUUCCAAUAUGAUCAGUGGGUAUGUUAAGAUGGGUGAUUUAGAUAGUGUUUCUGAUGUUAUACUGCAUAGUCUUAAAGGAAGUGGAGAAGACUCGAGUUUCGGUGAGGAGACGUAUUGUGAAUUGGUGAAAGGGUUUAUUGAGAGUAAAAGAGUUAAGAGUUUAGUAACACUGAUAAUCGAAGCUCACAAGUUGGAAUCUUUGUCCACUGAAUCUGACAAGUCAGUUGGGUUUGGAAUCGUAAACGCUUGUGUCAAGCUCGGGUUUUCAGGUAAAAGUAUUCUUGAUGAAAUGAAUGCUCAGGGAGGAUAUGGGGGAAUCGGAGUGUAUGUACCGAUCUUGAACGCCUAUUGCAAAGAGAACAGAACAGCUGAAGCUACUCAGCUGGUUACAGAGAUCAGCAACUCUGGUGUUCAGCUAGAUGUCGAGACCUAUAAAGCUUUGAUCGAAGCUUCCAUGACGAAACAGGAUUAUUUAUCUGCGCUUACAUUGUUUAGGGAUAUGAGAGAAACAGAAAUAUCGGAUUUAAAAGGGAGCUACUUAACAAUCAUGACAGGUCUCCUUGAGAAUCAGAGACCUGAGUUAAUGGCAGCGUUUGUGGAAGAAGUUGAGGAAGAUCCUCGCGUAGAAGUGAAGUCCCACGAUUGGAAUUCGAUUAUUCAUGCCUUCUGUAAAUCUGGACGAAUGGAAGACGGAAAGAGGACGUUUAGAAGGAUGGCCUUCCUUCAGUAUGAGCCAAAUCACCAGACAUACUUGUCGUUGAUCAAUGGAUAUGUCAGCUGCGAGAAGUACUUCGAAGUGGUGGUUUUGUGGAAAGUGUUCAAAGACAAGAAAGCAAAACUAGACCAUGCUCUUGCGGACGCGUUCUUGAAUGCGUUGGUCAAAGGAGGAUUCUUUGGCACGGCGAUGCAAGUGAUAGAGAAAUGUCAGGAGAUGAAGAUAUUCGUGGAUAGGUGGAGGUACAAGGCAACGUUCAUGGAGACUCAAAAGAAUCUCAGAUUGCCAAAGUUGAGGAAGAAGAAGAUGAAGAAAAUCGAAUUCCUAAAUGCCUUUAAGAACUGGGUUGGUCUUACCACAUGA